AAAGUCAUCAUGACUGAUGGUGUCACCAUUGGACAGCCCUGUUGUGCCAUACCACAGUGCAAAAACCCACUGAUGACCAACCACUGUAGGUACUGCCUUGAGCACCAAAAUCUUGAGAGCAUUUGUGCCAUGGAGGGCUGCAGUCAGGCAGUUACCAGUGAUCCCAAGACCAGGAAGCUUCGGAAGGCCUGCAAUGACCCCAUUCAUGUGAAGAUGGAAGCUGCAAAUAUGGAAUCCUCUCGUAGU